AUGACAAAACCAAGGUUAUCUCUCUUUUCACUUCCUACUGAAACACUCCUUCAAAUUAUUUCCUUUCUUGGUUCUGCACAUCUUAAACAACUUUCACUUACUAGUCGUUCCUUACAUUCUCUUACCCCCAACUAUCUUUUCAAAACUGUAGUUGUUUACAAUAUUUCACGUUUCUUUUUACAAAAACUAGUACCAAAAUAUGGUCAACAUUUUAGAACUUUGAACGUUCAAGGUCGAGCUUCUCAAGAAUUUAUAGAUCAACUGGCCGCUUUAUUAAAAAUAUUAGACGAUUACUGUGAUCGCCUCGAAAAUUUUAAUAUUAUUGUGUUAGAACAAAAACCCGGACUAUUAGAAAUUAAUGCACCCUGCUUUAGUCAAAGUCUUUAUAGAUAUAGAUCCAAAUCUUUAAAAUUAACAUGUUCCGCUCAAUUAAUUACUUUUUUGGAUUCAUCGGAUUUAGGUCUAUUGGUACAUGCAGUAAUUCAAUCAGUUUGGUCAUUAAAUCAUUAUACUGAAAUAUAUGGUUCCCAAAUUACAAGGGCUCGUUUAUCUUUUGAAGGUUUAUCUGAUGUUUGGGUAUUAGAAUUAUUUAAUAAUUGUCCUAAUUUACAAGAAUUGGUUUUAGAAAGAAAAUAUUUAGAUGAUAAUAUUGAAAUAACUGAUGCUACUUUGAAAGGUUUAUGUGAUCUUUCAAAUACUUUAAAAUCACUCUCUUUCAUUUCAGAAUGUAACUCUCCUGUUACAGAAUAUUUUACUCCUGCUGGUUGGAAACGAAUGUUAAUCGGCACCCCUAAUUUAGAAAAGUUGGAUAUUUCAGGGCUUGAUUUGUACUUUACUGCUAAUCUAUUACCUUUAAUUGCUGUUCAUUAUAGAUCUCGACCUUUAUGUUAUAUUACAGAUGACGUUAUUAGAUGUUUAGCUAUGUAUUCUCCAGGAUUAAUUAGAUUAUGUUUAAAUGGUGAUUUACUUAAUAAUAGAAAAUUAUCUUUAGAUCUUAUUGAAAAACGUCUUGUAAAUUUGGAAACUUUUUAUACUUGGAAUUUAAUACCAGAGAAAUGGCCUAAUGGUUUAUAUGAAAGAUUUGGAAAAUUAAGAAAUGAAUAUAAUCUUAUUUCAUAUUUAAGACGUGCUAGUGUUGAUAGUCAAAUACGCAACAGGUCACGUCGCGUUUUUUCUAUCAAGAAACAUGGUCAAUUGAUUAUUAUAGCCAUAUUUUUCUUAAUUUCUUAUUAUUUUACAAUCCAGGGGGAAAUUAAGUAA